UUACCUUGGUCGGUUAGGUGUAUGAAUGUGGGUUGUUGGCCGUUGAAUCAGAGAUAAACUAAAUAAAAAUUCACAAAUAAAAGGAGUUCUGAGGCCGGGACAAAUUUAUGGGCCGAUCUUGGCGUGGGACACGAUGGAAUGAUCUGUGGGGUGGGUUUCUUACGGCUGGCACCAUCUCCAGAUCUCUGCGGGAAUCCAAACGUUCAUGUAUAUGUUUCCGGGGCAUGGAUGGGGUGUCUAUUAUGGUGCUCUUGGAUGUGUAUGGUCUCGGGUUUUGGCUGAGAGCUGAAGACCCGGGAAGUCAGCUGCGAGAUCUGGGGAGGUCCUCCUCAUGUUUUAAGUUAAAAAGUGGGUUUACAGAGAGAGGCCAGCCCAUAAUCGAUCUGGAGCGAUUCAACGAGUUUGGACAGGAACUGUUGAAUCAGUGUUUGACGAUAGAUGAUGGCUUAUGGAUGGCUACCUGAGAAUAUUUUAAAUAGACUUGAAUCAUAUUGUGUACAAUAUUUACCAAUAUUAACCUCCUUUCCCAUUAUU